GUGUUUCCGGAGGGAAGGGAUAAAGCGCGGACCGGCUGCUGAUGGUCAGCUGAUGUGUCAAACAGAGUCCAGCCCUCACGCUUUGUUUUGUUGACGUUUAUUUGGACUAAAAGAGUUCUUGCUGCUAUAAUAUCUACUCGUUAUUCUGGUACAUCUCUCUUCAAUAUUUGGCGACGUUGUCUUUAGCGGAAGCGAAAAGAUGUAUCGAUUGACCUCAAGAGCCGCGGUCAGUCUGUUGACGUUUUCAUCGCUAAUGUGUUUCCUGCUGAUAUUAUCCGCAAAAACAUCAGAAGCUAAGAAUUCAGAAGACAUCAGGUGCAAAUGUAUCUGUCCACCUUAUAAGGAAAUUGCUGGGCAGAUCUACAAUCAAAACGUUUCAUUGAAGGACUGUAAUUGCCUUCAUGUGGUGGAGCCGAUGCCUGUUGAAGGCAAAGAUGUGGAGGCAUACUGUUUACGCUGUGAAUGCAAAUAUGAAGAAAGGAGCUCUGGAACCAUCAAAGGCACCAUUAUAGCAUAUCUGUCUAUUCUGGGCCUUCUGUUGUUGUAUAUGAUCUAUCUGACACUGUUGGAGCCUAUUUUGAAGAGAAGGCUGUUUGGCCAUUCACAGCUCAUUCAGAGUGACGAUGAUGUUGGGGAUCAGCAGCCCUUCGCCAACGCCCAUGACGUGCUUUCCCGUUCUCGCUCUCGCUCCAACAUGCUAAACAAAGUGGAGCACGCUCAGCAGCGCUGGAAGAGGCAGGUCCAAGAACAGCGCAAAUCUGUCUUCGACCGUCACGUGGUGCUUAGCUAAAAGCCUUCACAGUCUGGACUGUUAUCCGUGGGUUCUGGUACUGUGUUAAAUGCGGGGUCUUCUCCAUGAUGUCCGACCCAUCUCAUUGGUCUGCCUGAGCAACCCCCAGUGACUCCAGUGUGUUCAUUUCUUUUUGAUGUGUAGGUUUGUGGUCUUGACCAAUGUGUGCGACUAAACCUUGUUCAUUAUUAGAGUUUGCUUGAUACAGACAGUUUGCAUUAAUUAUCACUGUGUUCUUGCAUUCUGAAAUCAUGCACUCUAAAAUUAGCAAAGAAAAAAUGUUUACUUCUACUGCAGUCCAGUCACACCGAACUUGAUGUGGGGAUAGAAGUGCCAAUUUCCUCAUAAAAUUCGGCUGAUGCAUUUAUUCAUUAAAUCUUUUUAUAUAAAUUUCAGGAUUGUUACUAAACGCUAAAUAUUACUUUCCAGUCUUAUUGUACAGUGUAAAA